AUGGAGCUAAACACACCCAAUAAGAACCAAAUCCCCUCUGCUAACCCUCUCUCUCAAUUCGAGGAUUCUCCUGUGUUUAAUUACAUCAACAAUCUCUCACCAAUUGAGUUAGUCAAGUCCAUACACACUGGUCAAGCAUUCAACUUGCCAUCAUUUGCAUCCCCUCUUUCUGUAUUCGCUUCACCACAGCUUAGUUCUCAGAGCGACACUAGAUCAUUUAUUAGAAGGGGUCAGUUCUCAGAGCCUUCAAAAGCUGAGCUCCUUCAAAGUAAAGAUGAAAACAACACAAACAAAGGGGUUUUAGAGGCUGCUAAAUUGACUGGUUUGAGUGUUGAACAAUCAGAAUGCUUCACUCCUGGGAAUUCAGGUAAAGGGGUUAUUACUAAGCCACCUGAUAAGCACUUGGAAUUACCAAUUGAGGAGCCAAAAGCUUUGAAAUAUGAUCGUGCUAGUCCGGAUGAUAACAUGAUCAUGGUGCCUCUCAAUGCAAUUACUGAGCCAGAGACAGCAGGCAAUUCAAAUGAGAGAUAUCGUUCAUUUAAAAGGGAAAAGGAUUUGCGUAAAAUUGGUCGAACUGGGCAAAAUGAAGACGAAGCAGGAUGUGAUUGGGUGGCUCUGAUUUCUGAUGUAGCUGAUAUCUUGACCUUCGAGCCGUCCAUUGAUGAAGAAUCUGCUGAGGAGCAAAAAAUGGUGGAUCCUGGGAUCAUAUCUUUUAUCUCAAAUGUCCUACAGAUCCCACAGGAUAACAGCAACGAUUCAGAAACUUCCCAUUGUGUAGGUUCUUCCCAGAAAAGUGAAAUGGGAGAGCCAGGAAUUCAGCCAGUAGAAUUUGGAGAACAGAAUGAAGCAGAUCAGACACCAUCUGUACUUCCUAGCACUUUACGAGAUAAACCAGUAGUUACUGAUGCGGCUGCAAAAGUGGAAAUUAGGGGGAAGAACUGCCAGUCUAUCAGCAAGCAGCAUAAAAUACGAAGGCGGUGCCUGGUUUUUGAGAUGGGAGCUCAUAAAAAGAAAUUAGCAUUUGAAUCUAAUAGUAGUUCAACCUCGUCACAACCAGAUCAUAAUGGUGCCUGUGUGGAAAAGCAUGCAACUCCUAGGAGGACAGAUAAGGGAAAGACAUUAUCUGCAUUAUCUGGAAGGGGUAUUGGUUUGCACUUGAAUGCUCUUACUGCUGCAAGCAAUGGUAAAGCUGUCAAGAUUGAGACUCUAGCUUCUGGAAAGCAAGAAAUUAGCCAACCUCCUUCCCCUGCUGCGAACAUGACAUCUGGUCAUGAUCCUAUUAUUAAAUCCUUAGCUCUGACCGCUGUGGAAACAGAUUUUGUUCCUUUCGAUGACAAAAAUAAGGUCAUGGAAGAUGCUCCGCGCACAUCAAUAGUCUUGAAUGAAGAGUUUGGCAUAAGCAGUCCCAAAAUGAAGAGGCAAAAAUUGGAAUACCUUGGAGCAUCAUGCAAGCGCUGCAAUUGUAAGAGAUCGAAAUGCCUAAAGCUGGGCCAGAAUCUUGAUUGCAGUGGAUUUAAACAUUAUUGUGAAUGCUUUGCUGCUGGUCUCUACUGUAUUGAACCUUGUUCGUGUCUGGAUUGUUUUAAUAAUCCUGCUCAUGAAGACACUGUUCUGGAAACUCGCAGACAGAUUGAGUCGCGCAACCCUCUUGCAUUUGCUCCCAAAGUGAUUAGAAGCUCGGAUUCUGUUUCUGAAAUUGGGGGUGGUGUUGGUUGCUCUUCCUACUGUAGAUGCGAAGGAUGUAAAAACACUUUUGGUUGCAAGGGUGGAGUUGAAGAAAAUGACCUCAAAUGGGAGGAAUCUAAAACCCAUGAAGACGCAUCAGACCUGAAUUUACUUGAUAUACCUGGUGAAGAGCAUCCAGAUCUUAUGGUAACUUCUAAAAAUUCCAGGUCUCCAGUUCAUCCACAAAUCCCCAUUAGUGGGCAGCCUCCAGGAUCUUCCUUUUGUGAUGUUGGUCCAUCAACUAAAAUACGCACCAUCCAAAAGUUCAGAACAAACUUUUUCUAUCACCAGCCUAAAUAUGAGAAGCAUCUUCAGGUCAUUCCAGAAGAUGGAACCCCUGAGGUUCUGAACAGCAAUUGCUCGCCUACAAGGGGAGUUAAGUCAGUCUCUCCAAACUGCAAGAGGGUUUCACCUCCUCAUCAUGGUUUUGGGUCAUCAGCUGCUUGGAAGAGGGGUAGAAAGUUGAUUCUGAGAUCUGUCUCCCCGUCCCCUUCUCUCAACCCACCAUGUGAGCAAUGA